UACUGAAGCAACACACACAUUGCCUUCCACGCGCGUUGCCGUUGGAAUAUCAGAAAGAAAAGAACGAUGCUUUCUUUCUCCCCAACUUCUAAUGCCACUCUUCUCAACUCACCAACAUCCUUCUCCCUCCCUCCCUCCCCACCUCGCUCCGCCAGGUUCAAAAUGUCAAUCGAUUCUCUCCCUCCUCUCCCCGAAAACCGAACCGUCGUCGGCGUCGGCGCGGUGGUCGUUGAUUUUUUGGCCGCAGUGGCCUCUUAUCCUAAGCCGGACGAUAAAAUCAGAUCCACCAGCUUAAAGGUUCAAGGAGGUGGGAAUGCAGGUAAUGCCUUUACCUGCGCAGCUCGUUUGGGUUUGAAUGCCAGGCUGAUUUCCAAGGUUGCAAAUGAUACACAAGGCAGGGGUAUACUGGAGGGGCUGCAGGAUGACGGCAUUGAUACUUCUUUUGUUGUGGUUUCCGAGGAGGGUAAUUCACCAUUUACCUACAUUAUUGUUGACAACGAAACGAAAACUCGCACCUGUAUUCAUACUCCAGGAUAUCCUCCCAUGAUACCAGAUGACCUUUCCCAAUCAAGUUUAUCAUCUGCGUUGGAUGGAGCAAGAAUUCUUUAUUUAGAUUGCCGAAUACAUGAAACUGCAUUAGUUGUUGCGCAGGAGGCUGCUCGGAAAAAUAUACCUAUAUUAGUUGAUGGUGAACGGCUAAGAGAAGGGUUGGAUGGUCUUCUAAACUUGGCUGAUUAUGCUGUAUGCUCAGCGAAAUUUCCGCAGGCAUGGACAGAAGCAGCAUCUGUUUCUAGUGCUCUUGUUUCAAUGCUUUUGAAAUUGCCAAAGAUCAAAUUUGCAAUUGUGACAUUGGGAGAAGAUGGAUGCAUUAUGCUUGAGAGAAGUGUGGACGAAACUCCUCAGAUAGAAGAAAUGGAUGUCGACAGCUUGUUGGAAUCACUGAAGCAGAGAAAGGAUGAUAGCACAGCUAUCCCAACAUGUGUUUCAUCGCCGGUGACAAAAUUGAGAGCCAACGGAAUAGGGACAGUUUGUGGGAGGUUGUUGGUUGGAACAGCUGAGAAAGUACCGCCGGAAGAACUCGUAGACACAACAGGUGCUGGAGAUAGUUUUAUUGGAGCAGUUCUUUAUGCUAUUUGCACCAACAUGCCACCAGAGAAAAUGCUGCCGUUUGCUGCACAAGUGGCAGGUGCCUGCUGUAGGGCUUUAGGAGCUCGAACUGGCCUUCCACAUCGCACAGAUGCACGCCUGGCAUCAUUUCUAUCUUAAGAUUUCCCAGGAAGUCCUACGCGAUUGGCAAAGUUAAUUGGAAAACGUGAAAUUUAGCGUAGAACUUGAGCUAUUUCCUCUCACUAGUGAUGCGGAACAGAAGUGAUGGCUUUCCUAAAUCAAUGGGUGUUUUAGUAUUUUAACAAGCUUACCUUCCUGCGUUCAUUAGGUUUAAGGCCUUGUAAACAUCCCUUGUACUUCAGAUUAACAAACAAUGAAGAGUUUAUGUAUAGAAAAACUUUGUUUUCCGGAGUACAAGAACGGGUGUGACGCCCCUGAAGUGAUUUCAGUUACCCUUAUAGACAUAGUUUAAUUUAAGUUUUCUGUGGCUUCCGCUAAAUUAUCUAAAUUCCGCUGCCGUACUCUAUACAUCAAUGAGUUCGAAACUUUGUAACGGACGGUGUAAAUUAUCUUAUCAGUCUACAUAAAUUUUAGGCAGUCUGA